CACACCGAGCGCGCCCGCACUGCGCACACGGGAUCAUUCACCAUCGCGACUUCGCGUCGACAUAACAUGUGAUCGGUUUUUGCAAAUACAACUCCGUUAUUAAUUAUUACAUUGCUCUUACACCAACAUUGAUAAGAGACACCAUCGAGCUUCUGCCGAUAAAUUUAACAGUGUUACAAAUAAAUGUAUUUACCGUGAAACUGUGAGAUGGCCCUGUCGCUGCAGUCGACGCAGAAUUCAAGAGGAGUGUCCGUGCGGCCGUUGUCAACAAUGCGUCAAGAAUCAUUGCCGAUGCUGGCGGAGAGGCUGCUCGCGAGCCGCGCUGCGGCGCUGGUGGCGGGUCUGCCUGCCGAGCUGUACUCGGGAGCAUUGCUGGCCGCGUGGCCACCCUCCCCGCCCGCACCGCUACUCCCGCCGCCGGAGAUCGAGCGUGCUCGUAAACGUCGUCGCACACCCAAGUUGGAUGACACCACUCCCUCGGCACCGCCAUCGCCUCCGUCGUCGGGCUCCUCACCUGGCGCAACGGAGCCGCCGCGGGACAAACUGUUUACGUGUAAAGUAUGUUCGCGCUCCUUCGGCUACAAGCAUGUCCUGCAGAACCACGAGCGCACGCACACCGGUGAGAAGCCGUUUGAAUGCAGUGAGUGCCACAAGCGUUUCACCCGCGACCAUCAUCUCAAGACACAUCUACGCCUUCACACUGGCGAAAAACCCUAUAGCUGCCCGCAUUGCCCGCGACACUUCGUGCAAGUCGCUAACUUGAGACGACACUUGCGCGUCCACACAGGCGAGCGACCUUAUGCUUGUGCGCGCUGUCCUGCGCGUUUCUCUGAUUCUAACCAGCUGAAGGCACAUGCAUUGGUACACGAAGGCGAUGCACCAUUUGCAUGCAGGUGUGGAGCAAGAUUUAGACGUCGACAGGCGGCAGCGCUACAUAGGUGUGCCAGCGUUGUUUGCAAGCCUGACACACCGAGUCCUCCAGUGACGGCAGCACCCGACUGGCGUUGGGAUGACUGGCCCGAGCAAACUGAGCCGGAGGACUUAUCGCUGCCACGGAGGCCGGCGACCCCGGACUCCCCCACUGACCUGCGGGUACACUCCGCGUAGUCACCACGCGCCCAUGGUUGCGCGCCGCUGAGCCGGUAUACGAGUUCCUCCCCCGUAGACCACGCGUCAAAGCCAACGAGCCAUUAUCACCCACGUUACUAAACAUGCUUUCAGCUGUAUUAUGACAUAGAGAUUUUACUCAGAAUUGUUUUAAAAAUAUCAACUAUUACUGCUCUAUUAAGCAUCGUUGCAACAGUCACGUUUUUGUGUACUUAUUUUUUGUUUUUCUUGGUAAGACUACCGGCUUACUCUCGUUAGGUAGUCUCGCCUAUUCUUUUUUAUGAUUUUGAAUUUGCAAUAUUCGCCAUAAAAAGAUACUUUUUCAUCCAUAUUGCAGUUUAAAAGUUUAUUGUUGUGCCAUUUGCAUAAUCGUAAAGCAAGGUAGAGCAAAAACGCGACUGUUUUGUUCUUUUGUUUCGCAACUUGCAAAACGCCCAAAGAUCACAAAGACAUUUUUUAUUUAUUAGAGCACAUUUAUUAUUUCAUGAUACUAACGAAAAAAUGCCAUGGUUGGCGAAUAUUGAUUUCAAUUGAGAUCCUUCCUAGCGUAACGGCCGGAACCAGGACUAGUCGGAUAUAACGGCAACUUCAAUUACGAACUCAGAGGUCAAUUUAAAAUUUGUUGAUAAUAAAAAUGUGUUGGCAAUGACUCAUUUAUUCUUUCAUUUUUUAUAUAAAGUACACAAGCAGUUAAGUGUCAAGUAUAAGUACCAAUCAACGAUCGAAAUAACCGGUUCGUAAAUGUAAAAUAUCUGAGUCUUUUGUCAUGCAAGGGCUUGAGUAAUUAGUAACGAGGGUGAAGAUGUAUCUCGAGGUACGAUGCAUUGUGCUUCUGUAUAUAUUGCUGUCUUUCAUUGUAAAAUUAUUUAUUAUUUAUCAAUUAGUUUGUAGAUGUCCCGAAAACUUGACGGUAUUUAAUCCGUGAUUAAAUCGGCGAUAAAAUGUGAAUAAUAUUAACAUGUAUAUAUGUAUUUGUGUAGAGCUAAGUAUUGUUAUACGUUAUGAAAUAUGGAUGUCGAACAAGUGGUGUAAAAUUAUUAAUUUACUGAUUCGUACUUUAGCAAAGAGUAUUUACGUAAGGAUAAAACAUUUAUCUUAAACAUAUUAGGCCAUAUACUAUUUGAAUUAAUGAAGAUUAUUCAAUAUAGUAUUUAAGAUAGCGUUCAAUAUAUUUAUUGUGAGAGUUGUAAAUAUAAUUAUUGUAAUAAAUUCCAUGUGUAUAUGGCCUGUGUCACGCGUGUAGUUUGUGUUGCCGAGUGUCGCUCGUGUGUGAGCGGUGCUUAUAUUGUGCAUUAUUGCAAUUUGUUCUACGGGUAUUAGUUUCCUAUUAGAUGUAAUGUGUUUAUUUUCUUCGUGUUAAUGUAAUCAUUUAGCGACAUAAAUUAUUGUUCUGAAAGUUUAAUCACGCACCAUUCUAUGUGUUUAAACCGUAAUUAUUGUUGAUUAUUUUUAUUUUCUUUUUAGAUAGUAUAAAUUUCGAACUAGGGUCUUUUUAGCGUGUCGAUACCUAAAUGUAAGAAUACGAAAUAUUUUUUCCAAAGAAAUUAUUGGUACAAAUUAAAAUAUGUACAAAUUUGAUGAUACAUUCAAUUAGAUGUUGUAAUUUAAUGUUGCAAUGUUGUAAUAAUUAUAACUGUAGUUAGUGUAAACUUAGGCGACAGUGCCAUUAUCUACCUCAUUUGACUACGGUUAUUGCGUCAGGGUAAAGAGCCAAAGUUCUUGGAAUAUUUUCUAUUGUUUAUCUCCACUGAGAUAACGUGCAGCGGCAGAAUUUAGAGUAACUGAUGGCAAACUAUUCACAUCACGUGACAACAAUUUUUGAGACUGAUACUUUAAUGAAUUAUUUUGUUUAUCUGAUGACGGUUGUUUUCGAGUAGCACAAGACUCCAUCUUGUGAGUCUACAUUCACUGAUCUACGCUGGCUGCAUGUUUUAAUCCAAGUAUUGUUAAACAUUCUAUCGUUUGUUGACUUGACACUAAUAGAAUAUGCAGACAUUGUCGAUCUUAUGCGCAAUGGAUUUAAGUUCCUAUUUAAUUAAUUAUUUUUAAACUAUGUUUUUUUGCUUAGUUUUGUUUAUGACCAUUAACAAUGUGCCAUUAAUGGACAUUAAAGAUAUAUUAUUGAAAAAUAAGACGAUUUGAGUGAGAUUACAUUUCCACAUUAACAAAGUACUGCCAUUAAUUGAUCUACCUCGUUAUCAUAAUACUAAAACAGGUCUAAUUAUCGAACAUUUUUUGUUUUGAGUACUCUGCACUUGUACAAAAUAAAAUAAGUUAUAAAUUAAAUAUGACCUGAUAAACUUACAGUUAUAUAUGUAUUUCUUUAUGAAU